AGGAUUUCUGGGGAGAGCAAUAGAGACGAGGCCAGAGCUAGAAGGGCUGGAGCGGAGGCAAAUCAGGAGGUCGGUAGCUUGAGUGGCUAGAGAGGUCGGAGGUAAGUGGCUGUAGAAAUCGGGCGGACCCGGAACACAGACGCCUCGGGACCAUGACUUACGCUUAUCUCUUCAAGUACAUCAUCAUCGGAGACACAGGUGUUGGGAAGUCAUGUCUCCUCCUCCAGUUCACCGACAAGAGGUUCCAGCCUGUGCACGACCUCACAAUAGGUGUGGAGUUUGGAGCACGUAUGGUCAACAUUGAUGGAAAACAAAUCAAACUACAAAUCUGGGAUACGGCUGGGCAAGAGUCCUUCCGUUCUAUCACCCGUUCCUACUACAGGGGAGCAGCUGGAGCACUACUGGUGUAUGACAUCACAAGACGUGAAACCUUCAACCACCUGACCUCGUGGUUAGAGGAUGCACGCCAGCACUCAAGCUCGAACAUGGUGAUAAUGCUGAUUGGGAAUAAGAGUGAUCUGGAAUCCCGAAGGGAUGUGAAAAGAGAGGAAGGAGAGGCCUUUGCUCGGGAGCACGGCCUUAUAUUCAUGGAAACAUCAGCCAAGACAGCCUGCAAUGUUGAAGAGGCCUUCAUUAAUACAGCCAAAGAAAUAUAUAGGAAGAUCCAGCAGGGUUUAUUUGAUGUCCAUAAUGAGGCAAAUGGCAUCAAGAUUGGGCCCCAACAGUCAAUUGCAACCACAUCAGCAGGAACAGGUUCCUCUCAGCGAAGCUCUUUUGAUGCAGGGUCUGACUCUGGCUGCUGCUGAACAUCUGGCCUGAACUCUCCCCCUGUCCUCUCCUGGAAAUGCUUCAGAUCAAUCAGCUUAAAGAAAGAGGUCUUACUUGCUUGGCUGAGAGCAGCCUUUUUUCAGUGUGCAAUGUUUUACCCUUCCACUUAAACACCAGGAGAAAAUUGGGCCCUUUUCUGACCUGUCCUCCUUUAGGGACAUGAGCAUUCCAUGUAGAUUAGGGCUCUUUUCAUCCUCAGAUUUCUAAAAUGUAGGAUCAAAACUGAAUGUCACAGUAGAUAAAAAAUAAACAACUUACUAAGUAUCUCCACCUGUUUGCUAGGUGAUAUGGCACAUACCUAUAAUUCCAGCACUCAGAAGGGUUGGCAGGAACUUGGAAGUCAGGCUGGGCUACAUAAGUAUCACUAGGCCAUCUGUCUCAAAAAGCCAAAAAGAAAAGAGAGAGAAAGGAAUAAAAUACAAUCUGUUUCUUACCUAAUUUUUAGUAACUGGGGUGAAGGAUAUUCUGAUUGAACAUUUAGGAUUAAGACUCUAGAUAGCCAUUGGAUAAUACAUCUAUACAUAAUAAUUUCAUUGAGUUUAUUGCCUUUCCCUGGAAAUCUGCUUGUCAUUUCAUAAGAGCUGGGUGCCUCUGUACUGUCUCAUUGCUAGUUUCUUUUUAUUUAUUGUGUUUGUGCACAGCCUUAAGCAUCAUUCCUCAGAAGCCCAGCCUCAGGACAGCAUCUUUUACGGGGACCCAGAGGGUCAUGCUUAAGCUAGGCUAUCUGGCUGGUACUAGACCUGUAGCCACAUACCUUAAUUGCUCAUUUUGUUUAGGGAUCAGUUUUAGCAUUACAGUUUCUUUCACCAAAUUGAUCUCUACUGUUUUAUCACUCUUUCUCUCACCUCUUUCUUUUUGUUUCGCCUGUGUGUGUGUGUGCACACGCAUGCGCGUGCUGGAGAUGAAAUAUAGGUUCUUAAACAUGUUAGGUAAAUGCUGUGCCACUGAGCUGUACCCUCAGGAGCCUACUCUUUUACCUUUUGUUUUGAGGCAACUUGUCUAGGCUAGCCUUGAACUUGCAGGCCCUAAACUUGGGAUUCUGAUGCUUCAGACUCCCAGGCAGAUGGGCAUACUCCCUAACCAACCAGAUCUGUUAGACUUUUAUUCUAAUCAAGCUUAUUGGCUUACUAAAUAUAAUAUAUUUACUCCAACUUCUGUACCUUUGCAUAUGUUCUACCCUCUUCUAACAUUAUAAUGACUUUUUUUUUAAAGGAAAUCCUCAUUGACUGACCUACGGAGUUCCAAGCAAUUAUUAACACAGUAUCUUAGCAUUCCUAUGUUAUUCAUAUGUAAUUUAUUUGUAUAUGUUUUACUUUGUAAAUAUGUUUUAUAAUGCUUUUUUUUUGGGGGGGGGUGUCUAUCUCAUACAGGUUGUAAGUUUGGUCAUUUCUAUCCCAGCAUCCUUUACUCUGCUAUGUGCGAGUCAUGAUCUUGAACUUGAAUGGCAUACUUUAAAAUGCAAGGCUGUAGACUUUAGAAGAAACAAAAGGCCUUAUAGUUCUCUUUGUAAUUGUACUGCACUUUUUCCCAUCUACUUACCCUGGGUUUUCUAGUGCUCUUCUGCCCUGCCUCACUGUAACUUACUGUCUCCAUUCUAUGCAGCAUUCAAUAAGAAUACCUGCCAGCAAGAUUCAGAUAAGUAGAUACUUCACCUGCUCCUUAGAAUAUAUACUACUACUUUAGCCCAGUUUGCCUUGCUCCACUCAUUACACCGCCUUCUGGGACAGUUGCUGUCUUUUUUACUUGCUCGUUUUCCUUCACAGCACUGAGGUCUCACCAAAUUUCUAAUUUUUAAUGUCAAUGACUGUUUUCCUAUUAAAUAUAUGCAUGAUCCAA